GUACAUAAAGCAUGCUGAUUGCAGACAAGAGACCAGACACACUAAGCCUACAGAUAGACUGUACAAAAGGAGCCACUGGGUGCGGGCAGCUCAGUUUUACGCAGCUAUACACAAAGAAGAAGCCUAUAGACACAAGCUGCAAUUGUAGGACAUGGGCAUGCAUGGAUCCAAGCCUCGGAAACAAGCUCAGGUCCUGAUGCUUGGUCUGGACGGAUCUGGAAAGACCACCCUGCUCUAUAAACUGAAGUACAACGAGAGAGUACUGACAGUGCCAACUGUGGGCUUCAACGUGGAGACGCUGGAGACGGACAGGAGCAGCCCGGGCCUGACGGUGUGGGACGUGGGGGGCCAGAGGAAGAUGAGGCCCCACUGGAGGCAUCACUACACUGAUACAGACGGACUGGUGUUUGUGGUUGACAGCUGGGAUCAGAAGCGGCUGGAUGAGGCCCGCAAGGAACUUCAUCGGGUCCUGAGGUACGAGAGUCUCAGAGGAGUUCCUCUCGUGGCCCUGGCCAACAAACAGGACCUCCAGGGAGCUCUAAGCCCAGAGGCGCUUUGCGUGACACUGGACUUGAGGAGAGUGUGCGAGGGCCGGGCCUGGUUCAUCCAGCCCUGUUCAGCCACCACCGGCAUGGGACUAGAGGAAGGUUUCAGGAGGAUAGUCUAUCUGAUGAAGACUCCAUUCAAACAGACUCAAGAGGACAUUAAGGUUAAGAUGAAGUCUAAGGGCUUCAGCGCCACAGCUGUGAAAAAAGUCUUACUCUGCAGCAGAUGAUGGAUGAAAACCUUUUUUUGAAGAUUCAUUCAAGGAGGAUUCCUUCUCGUCUGCCGGUGUGAUUCAUCAGCUGAUGGCUUCACUGUGGCGUCUAUAGGAUCAAAUCAGGAGGUGAUAAGAAAAGGGAUGAGAUUACCACAGUUAACAGUGUUAAUCUCUGUGGCAGAAAGAGCUCUUACUCAAUUCCUGGUGAAGACAAAGUGCCUCUGGACCAUGGUGAUAACCCAUGAGGAUGCUAUGAGUAAUCUCGGGUUGAGACAGCCGGUGUGUCACGAGCUGAUAGUCGUUUGAAAAACACAACGUUUGAGAUAAUUCAGUCUGAGAGUGUUCUGCACAUGGAAACUGACUGAUAAGAACCUGUGUUUGUUUGGUCGAGUUUCUGUGGCUCAAAGAAAUGUUCUCCAGUUGUGCAUUAUCUGUUUUUUUAUUAGCACUUUUAUGUAUUUAUUUGUUUUAAUUUUUAUUAAAUAUAAAGACUUAUUAUGUUCUUACUUUAUUUAUUUAUUUAUUUAGAAUGACACUGCCAGUGUGUAUAUAUAUAUACUGUACAUGUGGCUGGUGCUGGUUCAGUGUUGUUUUUUUCUAUUUGUUGCAAUGAAAUAAAGAUGUUAAAAUAUCUGGAAUCAAA